GAAUUUUGCCCUUUCCAGGUGCGCCGGAGCAAUUCCCUGCGGGACCUGGUGGCCGUGGCCGGGCCCCUGGGGGUGACGCAGUUCCUGGUGCUCAGCAAAUCCCAAACCGGCAUCAACCUGAAACUUUUCCGUCUGCCGGGGGGUCCCACCCUGACCUUCAAAGUGCUGCAGUACUCCCUGGUGCGUGACGUGGUCUCAGCCCUCAGGAGGCACCGCAUGCACGAGCAGCAGUUCCUGCACCCCCCUCUGCUGGUGCUGGGCAAUUUCGGGGCGCGGGCGCGGCCGGAGCUGCGGCUGAUGGCCGGGAUGUUCCAGGGGAUGUUCCCGGCCCUCAACGUCCACAAG